CGAAAAUACCAAUGAAAAAUGUUCUUCUUUCAUUUUUAGAAAAGGACGUUCACACAGCAGCAUGACAACAUACCUUUCUCCAGAGGUUUUGGCCGGAUUUGACAAAUAUAAGUACAGUGCGGUGGAUACCAGCCCGGUCAGCAAGUACAUCACUCACCCCUUCUGGAACUGGGUGGUAGAGUUUGUACCCAAAUGGGUGGCACCAAAUCUAUUAACCCUGACAGGUUUUUGUCAACUCCUGGUGAACUUUGCUCUGUUGACCUACUAUGACCCUCACUUCUUUGCGGCCAGUAGAGACCACCCUGAGGCCCUUCCCAUCCCUAACUGGGUGUGGCUGGUCUGCGCCUUCAACAACUUCAUGUCCCAUACUCUAGAUGGUAUAGAUGGGAAGCAGGCACGGCGGACAGGCUCCAGCUCGCCCCUGGGGGAACUGUUUGACCACGGACUGGACAGUUGGGCCACACUGUUCCUGCCAGUGGCCCUGUACUCCAUAUUUGGGCGCGGGGAGUAUGGGGUGGGGGUGUUCAGGGUCUACUUCAUCGUGACCGGGGUCAUGCUGUGCUUCAUUCUGUCUCACUGGGAAAAGUACAACACCAAGAUUCUUUUCCUACCCUGGGGGUACGACCUCAGCCAGCUGGCAAUGACCGGUGUGUACCUUCUGACCUUUGUGGGAGGUCAUGACCUCUGGAAAUUUAAAUUCCCAGUGAUUGACAUGUACUGCUCAGAGGUCAUAGAAAUUGUCAUGUAUGUGGGAUUUUUUAUUCUUACUUUCCCUGCUACAUUUUGGAACAUAUACAAGUCGUACCGGGACGGAACAGGAAAACUGUAUGGGCCGUGGGAGAUGCUGCGCCCCCUGGUGUCCACGUUCCUGCUGUUCUCCCUGAUGGUGGUGUGGGCGCGGGUGUCGACCUGUCAGGUGAUGGAGCUACAGCCCCGCCUCUUUUACUGGACCACCGGCACCGCAUUCUCGUACAUUGCUUGUCGCCUGAUUAUCAGCCAGAUGAGCGAUACUCGCUGUGAACUCAUAAACUGGCUCAUACUACCCCUAGCUGCCAUUGUAGCAGCUUCAUCACUCCUGUCACUAGGGCAACUAGAGGUGUACCUUCUGUGGGCCUACUGCUUUCUAGUCACUGCUGCGCAUAUACACUUUGGUGUCCAUGUGGUUCAAGAAAUGUGUGAUCACUUCAAGAUAUCGGCACUCACAAUAAAACCAAAACAGUAGAGACGUCUAUCACUUUGUUCACAGGCAGCUCAGGGUUACAGCAUUAUAGUAAUGUAUCUAGGGCCAGGGAGACUUGUGUGAGCUGAGGACAUAGGGAUCCUGUAUGGAGACAAGGACCAUAUACAUCACAUCUGAUCCAAUUACUGUAUUUUCAUAAAUCAUUUCAUUGUGCCAUUUUAUCUGCCUCUCAUUCAGAUGAAGGUUUCUAUCUAAUGUAUACAUGUCUGUUAAUCCAUGAGAGUCCAGGUACUACAAUGUCGACAAGUAAAGUUCUGUGUGAACAGAAAUGUGUAGGAACUACUCAUUGAGCUCACCCCCCCCCUUUUUCUUUUGAAUUGCAUUAAUUGAUACAAGGGGUAAUUAGUACAUGUAUUUUUUUUGUUAUAUAUUGAGCUUGAAACAUGUGAACCUGUACGUGUUCAUUUGUGAAAAAAAGAAGGAAACAUGAUUUUUGUUAAAUAUACUGUAUUUAUAUUGACAUACAAAUUUCAAAGUCUAAAGACCUUUCACAGAAAAUAAUGUUGAAUUACUUGGGUGUUGAAAUAGUGUCAACCAACUUUUAUUUGUGUGCGAGAAAACUUUUGUGAUAAUAUUGUAUCCCUGAUUAUUUCUCACUGCUGUAACUAAUUGUUGGCAUGUUUUAAUUUGGAUUUUUAACUGUGAUGAUAAUUCACUGAUACUCAAUGUUUAUUACAUGUAAGUCUAAGUACUCAUUGUUCUUCAUUUCCUCACAAAUAAUUAAACAUGAUUUAGUUAAUUCAGCCAUUACUUAUAUAUUGCAAAUAUGCUAUUCAUACAAUUUCAUUAACGUAUAUUAAACCCCAUUUAGAACUGAAAUCCAGUAUCUGACACUGUAAGAGCAAAAUGACAAUCCACUGGCAUCCACACACAGGCUUGAAACUGUUUUAAAUCCAGAACUUGUAUGUCUUUGUAUAUCAUGUUUGAUUAACUUGUUGGAGAAGGUUAUUGAGUGAUCUUUUCGUACAAAUGGCGGAAACUUAACUGGGAUCUUAAAUCUUCCUUGGUUAAUGUUAAAACAAUUCAAUUAUGAUAACAUUAAUUAUUUAUUGUUUUCUGGCUAAUUAUUCUUGUCGAAUGAAUGGAAAAUAGGAAACAUUAACUCUAAUUGUUUCCUUUUGAUUUUACUGCAAGUACAUCAAAUGGCAAGAUACAUUGUACUGAAAUUGCAUAAGACAUGAUUGCAUCAGAAGAUAUCAUGUAUUAAUUGUUGACACAGUUUAUGUAAUCAUGUGAUAUCCUCAAAGGAACAUUCCAAUCUAUGUCACGGUCCUCCAGGGAUGGUGAUUGGGGGACCAUAAAAUUGAGGCUACUGUAUCAUGUAUUAAGUGACUGGAUGCUUACAGAGUUGAGUGGCCAAACCUUGAAGGAGUUGAGCAGUGUAUGCUGUAUGUUGUUUGUUAUCACAAAGUCAUAUUUAGUAUUUAUUUCAUGUACAUUUACAUUCGGUGUAAGAUGAUGCUACAUGUCUUUAUUUCUGCUUCAAUAGAUAUUGUAUUUGUAGGAGGUUACAGGAAUGAUUGAAUCAUCAUAUUAAAAUUGUGUUUUCACAUUAAUUUUUGUCAUAAAAUGAUUAAUUUCCCUUUCCUAUGAAUAUUUUAUUCUUCUUUAAACUAAAAUCCUCAGCCUCCCUUACUGUGGAGGUUAAUUCUUUAUCAAUAUAUGACGACACAAUUUAGGUACUUAAGGAAAUCUUUGAAACCGAUGGUUUAACUUUUUUUAAAUAAAGCGGGUGAUUAGUACUUAUUUAACUGGGAUGUUCCAAUUCACAGGCAUAUUUUAUGUGCUUUAUGUCAAAAUGUCAGCAUGAAGUAAAUGCAUGUACUACAAUUAAGUUUUUACUGAAUGUGUAUGCUGUGUGUUUAAAAUGAUUACUGAGAAUGCUAUUUAUUGUCUAUCUUUAACUCUUAUUAUUUAGUUUGUAUGAAUUUGAUUAGAGUGCUUGAUUACAUGUUUUAAUGUAUUUAUAAAUAAAGCAAUAUUAUUUUAA